AUGAAGAAAGCAGAAAUGGCGAGUCUAGUCUUCAAGAACGAAUUGGUCGAUAUGGGCCCGCUCAAUGAAACGGAGAUUGAAGAGCCUCCCAAGCAUCCUGAUAUAGAGAAGCAAAAAUUUGAUGAAACGUUGCUCGCUAAAUGCGAAGAUGAAAAAGAAGUCACGGAUGGCAAAGACAGAUGGAAUCUGCCCAGUCUUGAGUGCAGGACAGUGAUGAGGGAAAUGGCUAGUACUACGAUGAUGAAGACGAUGACGCUGAUGGAUAUGUUUACCUCUCGCUCCUAA